CAAAAAAAUAUUUAUUUGCAUAUUUAUGUAUGAGCAUCCAAUCAUAUAAAUAUUGGUGAAUAACGAAACGCACGUACAUUUAUAAUAUCGACAUGUCAGCUUUCCGUUCAAAUCUUGCAGAUGUCCUUAGACACAUAUAAGAAACGCCGGCUAAUGUUAUUGUGCAAAAAGUUCUGCGAAAGCUUUUGCAUGCAAGUAUUUGUAAGGCAAGCAUUACACACACGGAAUCUUAAAACAUAAAACACUAGUAUAUCGAGUGCGGUGAAAGUAUUGGGGAUAAAUGUUACUUAAAAUAAAAUUACAAAUGUAUUUUUAAGUGUGUAUACAUAGAUUUUCUUUAUAAGGACCUGUGCUUUAACAAUAUAGAAUUUUUACAUUUUAAAAAUAUCAAAAAAAAAAUGGUUUAUUUUAUAGAAUAGCUCAAAAAAAAAACAAAUGUAUUUGUAACCAAUACGAGUAACAGCUGACAAAUUGCUUUAAUGUACAUACUAAGGUUAAAAAUACCUAAUGGAAGUGAAGAAACAGAAUAAUAAGAAUACAUGCUUUUGGCUCUGUGCUACGAUGAUUCGAUUAUUUUUUUUUUCUAAAUAUACACGAAAAAUCAAUAUUUGAAACCGCAUUCGCUAUCGCAGUCCAAAUAGCAACAAAAGUUUCAGACGAAAUCGUAUAUUAAAUGGCUACAGUAACAACUAGUAAAAACGUUAAAAAAAACUCAUAAUAAACAUAUGUACGUUAAAUCAUAAUGGUCGAUGCAAAGCCACCCCUCACGCCUACUCCAGGAACUCCAACUGCCGCAUUUUCCAAUGAGAGAUCAAAAAUCAAAUUACUUAUUGAGAGAACGCCUAGUAUUGGAACACUCAAGUCAAAGCUAUUGACGGUCCUUGGAAACAGUAAUGAAUUGAUCAAUGGCAUAUCAAAUAAGUUAACAUUCAGUAGCAGCAGCAGUGAUUCAGACUACUGUGAAGAUGAAGAGGAAUUGCCGAAAUUUGAUGAGACCAUUGACUAUACUGAAAUUGAUUUUGAAGCGCGUCGAAUAAAGGCACGCCGGGCGCACGAAGAGAUCAUAUCGGGGCGUUUUAGGUUACCGAAUUUAGCGGCACGCACGCGAUUGGAGUUUUCGGGAGUUCGUUCUGCUGAUAAAUUGGGAAAAGGACACUUACGCUCCAGUUCCGAUUCCUCAAGCAGCACAUGCGGCAGCAGCAGUGAGGAUAGCAGUUCGUUAUCGUUGCCUGAACAGUCAGCUGCACGAUCCAAUGAUGCUGGUAGCAGCACCACACAUUCCAACUCUAUGGAAAUCGAGUCCCGUAACUCGGGAGGCUAUGCGCGAGCUAGAGCUAUUGCUGGUGCCCGACGCAGUGAACUGGAUUUACAGAAGGAUAUGCAACGGAUUAGCGAACUUUUGGAUGCAUCAAUUAAGCCACCACAAAUUGACGUUCAAUCACCCACAGAAACACCAGUUUGUGGUGCAGGUGUUGGCAAUGGAACAUUGGUCGAACAAAUUGCGCGCCAACAGUGGGGUGCUGUGAGGGUGCCAAUGCGCAACACUCAUACUUCAAAUAGUAGCACGCUAACAAGUCUACGUGAUGAGCCAGACCAGAUCCACGGCAGUCCCAGCAUGGAAUCGAGUGACUGGCGUAACUUUAUACGUUCGGAAUCGCAAAAUUCCGUGCCGUCAUGGGCUUCUUCAAUUAGUCUAGACUGCCGAGCCGGCGAAGAACCUGUCAAGGAAUUUAUGAAGCAUUUCACUCAUUUGCUCUUCAACAAUUUUAUGGCUGUCAACCUCGAAUUAAAAUCUGAAUUUGGUGUUCUAUUGCGUUUGGAGAUAGGUCGUCUCUGGUUCACAAGGUUUCUUAGUGUGCAACGCAACAGGAGCAAACGUCUAGAGUCAUCAACAUUAAACGCUCUGGCCCAAUAUUAUGCCCUGGCAUUAUUCGAAUGUGCCGAGUUUGAAGAUUAUGGACCAGCAACGGUUCUCAUGAAUCUGUGUUUUUUAUUUUACCACGAAGUUGAAGUUCCUGGCUGUGAUCCUUACCGCGAAUAUCUUUUCGUAUCAAUGCGCACGCAACCCAUUUGGCAGAAAAUGCGUUUCUGGAAUGCUGCAUUUCUUGACGCCAUCCAAUCAGAGAGGGAGCAUCGUCACACAAAACAACUGCGUCGACAACAACGGAGCCAGUCAAAGCAAAAACACCGUUUAGCAAUAGUAGAAACAAGCAGAGACGCAAAAGAUAUGAAUAUGACUAUGUCUACUCCUAAGCUCGAGUCCUCAUCAAGCUCUUCGCAUCAUGGUGCUGCUACUACGGCAACGAUUUCAAAGCAUAAUCUCAGGUCAAACAAAGGGAACAUAAUAAUACAGGGAGAGCAGCCUGUCAAGGAUCGGGAGGAUAUUGUCUUUCGGCAACUUAGUGCCUUCACGUGCAAUAUGCACUCACUUGGAGCCAGCCAUGAAAUGUGUAUCGAUUUUCUGAUGAAAAAUCUGAUAGUGCAUAAUUUAUCCCACGAUAAGGCUAAGCUGAUCAGGGACAAUAUUAAUCGAAUGUACCAAGAGACUAAACUUUGGGGCGCUGUGCAAUGUUAGGUGUAUCUUGUAGUACGAAAGAUACACCAAAAAAUCUUUAAUACUUAAACUUUCAUCUCAACCUAUAUAAAUUAUUGACUUUGUUCUCUUAAAAAAAUUUAAAUGUUAUUGAUUAAAUUCCAAAUAUUGUAAAGGUAAAUACUCUAAGAGAACGUAGCAAUUAAAAUUAAUACAAUACUUAUUUUCGCAAAUUGUGAUAAAAUUUUGUGAUUUCGUUAUGCUGCGCAUACAUAUAUCAAAAUCUAAGCUGCAAUUCAAAUUAAAUUUGCUAAAACGAUUAAAAAAAAAUGUAUAAUAAUUAUAGAAAAUUCUCUAGGUAAAUAAUAAAAAUUU